AUGGCGCCGAGCAAGAGGGAGACCGUGUGGAAGAACCGGAAUAGAAGGGUGGAGCUUCGGAGGAACCCGCGAGAGUUCGAACUCUCCAUACAAGAGAUCCUUGGGGAUGCAGCCAUCAUCCAUUCUCCUUGUAAGACCAAGGCAUCCAAGUCGAUGCUGACUGAGGAGAGAGUGGAUGCUCAGCAGGUUGGCAUGUUUCAAGACUUCAGCAUGGCCAACUUUGUCCCCACCCCCAGGAAGUUUUUGGAUUCAGUGAAGGGUCUCGAAGCAGGUCUUUUCACUCCUCGGGACUGCACCCACUGUCAGAGUGGCCUCCUUAGUCACUUCAUCGACUCUCCUCUGCCCAUGGCGCUGUCUCCCUGUGGAAACCAGUCAGCUGUGCCCACCACGUUCCUGCUGCUAGGGCUACCAGGCCUCUGGGAGACCCGCCUUGGCCUGUGUGCCCUCUUCCUUCUCCUCUACCUGCUCACCCUGGUGAGCAACCUGCUACUGCUGGCAGUGGUGUGGGUUGAUGCCCACCUCCAUGUGCCCAUGUACCUGCUGCUCUGUGCCCUCGCCACCUCUGAGACCUGCUUAAGCCUAGCUGUGGUCCCCCAGAUGCUGGUGGCACUAGCAUCCCUCCAUGGCACAGCCAUUCUCUCCUACCAGGGCUGCAAGGCCCAGAUGCUGCUGUCGGGUGGCUGGGCUUGCACCAAUUGCUUCCUGCUGGCUGCCAUGGGCUAUGACCGGGCCGUGGCAGUGAGUGACCCCCUGAGGUACACCACCCGCAUGGGCCACCAUGUCUGCAUUUGUCUGGUGGUGGGAUGUUGGCUGGGAGGCUUCAUAGUAGCAGGUGGCAUGUGUAGGGCCAUUUUCUGGAUGAGCUACUGUCCGGGGCAGAACCCCUUGAACCACUUUUUCUGUGACAUCCCUCCCUUGCUGGCGGCAGCCCAGGGGGUCACAGCGCCCAGUGAGGCCGCUGUGCUUCUCCUCAGCCUGCUGGUUCUGGGUGGCUCCGUGGUGGCCAUUGUGGCUUCCUAUGGCUCCAUCCUGGGGGCCGUGCUGAAGGUGCAUGGGGGCAGGAGCUGGCACCGGGCCUUCGCCACCUGUGGAGCUCACCUCACUGUGGUAGUGCUGCAUUUCGGCUGUGCCAGCUUCAUCUACUUGAGGCCCAAGGACAGCUACACCCUGGAGAGGGAUUGUCUGCUGAGCAUCACCUAUGCAGUGGUCACCCCCUUCCUCAACCCCCUGGUGUACAGCCUCCGCAACCGUGAGGUCCACACGGCCCUCCACAAGCUGCUGGUCCAGAGGCGAGUGGAGGGGUGA